CCUGCCCGGAGGCUGAAGACCUGCUUCUGCUCUUGUAGUAUGGUAACCAGACAUGGCUGUCCACGCUGGCACGGCACCUUAUCCAGCUCCAGAAUCCCAUCCACCCAAUCACAAUCCAACCUACGCCAUUGCAACCAAAACUCAAACAGAAAACAGCACAGACUCUACUGAUCACAAGCUCAGCUUGCUUCUCCCCGGCAGCCAUGGAGACCCUCCUCUCCCCCUCCACAUUGCUCACCCCACUUCGCUGCUCCAAGAAGAAGCCAGUGAGCCCCGCCGUGUCGCCAUCUCCCAGGUCCGUCGUCGUCGUCUCCUGCGCGGUCAAGAGGCAGCAGCAGCAGCCGCAGGCGGUCGGCGCUUGGCGCGGGGACGGCGGCGUGGGGAGCUGGGCGUCGUUCUUGCAGCACGGCCUGGCAGCGGCGGCGCUGUCGCUGGCCAUCAGCCUGGCGCCGGCGCCCGCGCCGGCCGUCGCGUCGGAGUUCGACGUGCUCAACGGCGGGCCGCCGGAGGACUCGUACGUGGUGGACGACGCCGGCGUGCUCAGCCGCGUCACCAAGUCCGACGUGAAGCGGCUCAUCCGCGACCUCGAGUCCCGCAAGAACAUCAGGAUCAACUUCAUCACCGUCCGCAAGCUCACGAGCAAAGCUGACGCGUUCGAGUACGCGGACCAAGUGCUGGAGAAGUGGUACCCGACGGUGGAGGAAGGAAACAACAAGGGCAUCGUCGUGCUCGUCACCAGCCAGAAGGAGGGCGCCGUAACAGGUGGCCCGGCCUUCGUGAAGGCCGUCGGAGACGAGAUCCUCGACUCCACCGUCUCCGAGAACCUCCCAGUGCUGGCGACCGACGAGAAGUACAACGAGGCGAUCUACACGACGGCGAAGCGGCUGGUGGCGGCGAUCGACGGGCUCCCGGACCCCGGCGGGCCGUCGUUCAAGGACAACAAGAGGGAGUCCAACUUCAAGACGAAGGAGGAGACGGAGGAGAAGCGCGGCCAGUUCACGCUCGUCGUCGGCGGCCUGCUCGUCAUCGCCUUCGUCGUGCCCAUGGCGCAGUACUACGCCUACAUUUCCAAGAAGUGAGCAGCUGCCUUUUCUUUCUUUCCAAAAAAAAAAAAGGAGCGAGCAGCAGCAUGCUGAUAUGUACAGUGAUAUUGAACAAGAGAUGGCUAAAUCACCCGAUUUUCUGUCAGAAUUUUAGAGAAAAACAGAGAAUUGUGAUGAACACAAGCGCACCACCGUGCUGGUUAAUUUUUAGAGCAAUUUUACCGUA